CCAAACCAAAAUUUUCAAUUUGUUUUCUUCGGCAGUUGGUUGGUUCCGGAGCUCUUUUUGUUUAAUGAAUUUCCGUGCUUAACAGCAAACUAAUACUUCUAAAUGUUCCUCACAAGUACUCAGUGCAAGUACUGGAUGUUUGGUAGCGAAGAUGAACUGAAUAGCUUGAGGGGAAAGGCAAACAGCAAACACAUCCAGCUCUAUGGCAGAACGGUGCCUGAUUCUUCAAAAAGCGACUAUUUUCUCACACCAGACGAGGAGAAGAUCAUGGUAAAAUUGUAUGAAAUUCAACUGAAGGACUUCUGUAAGCGAUUUCAGCCGCCAAUGCCUCGCUGCGUGCUUGGGACCGCAUUUCACUACUUUAAACGGUUUUACAUCCAAAACUCUGUGAUGAAUUACCAUCCCAAAGAGAUAAUGGUGACAUGCAUAUACCUGGCGUGCAAGGUGGAGGAAUUCAACGUCUCAAUUCAACAGUUCGUCGCUAAUAUUAAGGGGGAUCGCGAAAAGGCUUCCGAUGUCAUAUUGAAUAAUGAGUUACUGUUAAUGGAGCAAUUAAAUUUCCAUUUGGCUAUCCACAACCCCUUUAGACCAGUAGAAGGAUUGCUCAUUGAUAUUAAAACUAGAGGCUCUUUGCACGACCCGGAACGGUUGCGACAAGGCACCGAGCAAUUUUUAGACAGAGUCUUUUUAACUGAUGCGAUUUUACUGUAUUCUCCCAGCCAGGUAGCGCUGGCCGCCGUCCUACAUGCCGCCUCCAAACUGCAAGAAAAUUUGGAUUCUUAUGUAACCGAUGUGCUCUUUGGCACGGGAGGCCAAGAUAAGCUGGAUAUAUUGAUAGGCGCCGUUCGAGCUAUCCGAUCCAUGGAAAAGACUGCGGAAGCUUCACGCGAUAAAAAUAAGUCAUUGGAGAAGAAGCUGGAUAAGUGCAGGAAUCCUGAAAAUAAUCCCGACAGUGAAAUAUACAAGAAGAAAAUGCAGGCCUUGCUGGACGAAGACGAUGACUUGUACUAUGGGAUAUCCAGUCAGAAUCAGAAAUCGAACAAUUCGGCUAUGAAUAUGAGUAUUUCGUGUUCUCCCGAAAUUGCCUAGAUUUAUUGAAAGAAUACUCUAAAAGUGAUGUAAUUAGGUAAAAUUAUUCCUUAGCUGAUGCGUCUCAAAUUGUCUAAUUGUUGGAUUUUUUAUAUAGUCAGUGUAAAUAUUA